CAUGGUCGACAUCAUUAUUCUGGCAACUUGGCACAUCAUCGAUCCCAUUAAGAAGGAACGCAGAGAAUUAUCGCCUCAGGUCGAUGGCGAGGAAGACGAUCUAGAAAUAAUUCCCAUUCUAGAAUAUUGCAGUUGCUCCCAUAUGACCAUUUGGAUUGGAACUGUGUACGCCUUUAAAGGCUUGUUGUUAGUCGUCGGCUGCUUUCUAGCUUGGGAAACACGUCACGUAACGAUGCCGGCCUUGAACGAUAGCAAAUACAUUGGCAUGUCCGUCUACAAUAUAGUGAUAAUGUGUAUUAGUGGAGCUGCAAUCUCAGUUCUCAUUUCGCAUAAAGUUGACGCUUCUUUUCGUGCCGAAGCUGAUAGAGUUAAGGAAAGAUCCGAAGGGAGAGGAGAGGAGAGUAAGGGCUUGCACGGUCAGGAAACCUCUAACGAAUUCCGAAGAACAGUCAAAAUGGAAUGCUAA